GCUCGCGUGCCGCCGGUCCACUGCAGUGAAAAAAGCAGUCAGGAGUCGUUAGGCGCGGAGCGUUGUUGUGGAGCUCGCCGGCGGGGUGCUCGCAUAGUCGCGCGGCUCGGUACGACGUUCGUGCAGCGGCUAUUUAGGCAAGGUCCGGGGUCUCGCAAGGAGGAGGAGUAGUCCUACACCUUCCGUCCAAGCGGUGCAGAAGGGAGCCCGAAGCAGCAUGAGGCUGAGCGGAGGGUGGCACCAGCGGCUCCUACUCGCUCUCCUGCUCGCGGUGUGCAGCGUCAGCGCAAAGUCUCGCCACAACCGGGAUGGCAGCGCAACCUACGUGGAGGAAGAUGAAGACAAGUUCCUCAGCAGCGAGGACUCGGUCGCACCGACUGCGCCCAAAGCACUGCCUCUUGAUUUUGAUUUGUGCGAGACCAUGGUGUGCGGUCGGGGCCGCCAGUGCGAGCUGAACGACGCCGGCGAGGCAAGCUGCGUCUGCCAGAAGUCUUGCAAGAAGAGGCGCAAGCCCGUGUGCGGCUCGGACGGCAACUACUACAUCAACCACUGCGAGCUGCACCGGGCCGCCUGUCUCGCGGGAAAGCCAAUCGCCAUCGACCACCGCGGAAACUGCAAUCGGGUUGAGCACGAGAGUUCUACGGAGAAGACCAACUCUACCCAGCAGGGCCCGGAGAGCAAGAUGGACAGGACUGAGGUGCCUUCUUCGUGGACGAAUAUGCCGUCACACGAGACAAAGGUGGCCACGACCACAGAGUCCGAGGAUUCAACGCAGCAGGACUGUACCCAACAGGAGUACGACUUCAUGAAAGAGAAUCUACUGCUCUACAACAACGCCAAGAUGACAGAUAACAAGAAGACAGGCAACGAGUACCUGGUGAGCAUCAUGUUCUCGCACUACGACCACAACCACAACGGGCUGCUGGAGGCCGAGGAGCUGUGGAAGGCCGGCGAGGAAGACCGGCUCGGCCAACUGUCCACCGUGUGCAUACUGGCCGACAUGCUGCUCUUCGACGACGCCAACCACGAUGGCCGGCUCAACAUCAACGAGUUCUAUCUUGCCUUUAGUAAGUUAUACAGCGUCUCAGUUGUGUCGCUGGAUAAGUCUCUCGAGGUAAACCACGUGACUGCUCGUGUUGGCGACAAUGUCGAGAUCAAGUGUGACGUCACCGGGACUCCUCCGCCUCCAAUCGUAUGGCGUCGCAACAACAUGGACCUGUCCUCGCUAAGCGAAGACGAGAUCAAGGUGUUCGUUGAUGGCUCCCUAUACCUUACCAACGUUCAACUGGUCCACUCUGGAAACUACACAUGCCACGCCCAGAGAAAUCAUGACGUGAUCCAAACACACAUUCUGCACGUUCAAACAAUGCCCGAGGUUCGGGUGAUUCCAAAGCUUCAGUCGCGCGCACCAGGUGAACUGGCCGAGAUGGAGUGUCACGUGACGGGAGUCCCUACUCCGCGGGUCACAUGGCUGAAGAACGACGAAGGCCUUCGAGUCGCCACCGACAAGUACACUAUAAUCGGAAACGGGACAGCCUUAAUGGUCGGCAAGAUUACCUACAGCGACACCGGAGCGUACAUGUGCGUUGCGUCGAAUCCCGCUGGAUCCACAAGGGACAUCAGCUCGCUCGUUGUCCAAGACCAGCCAACUCCAACGGCCCCGUCCGAGGAGCGCCGGUUCUUCACCUUCCACGACUGGGGUGUGGCAGUGUACGAUCCGGACAACUGCCGUCUCUACCACCAGAUCCAAAGCGUGGAUAUCAUCCCAGGCACGCAGGAGUACGUGUGUGGCGAUCGGGGCGCCAACUGUUCCUGGGGUCGUGCCAUCAACGUGGCCGAUCGAUACGUCUACGUCUCCCAGCCGACCAAGGGCCGCGUGCUGAUCAUAUCGCGCAUACAGAUGGUCGUCGUCGAUGUGGUGGUGACGGACAAGUUCCCCGUGGACCUUCACUACGUGCCACACCUGGACCAGGUGUGGGUUCUUUGCUGGCGAGGCCCCGUGGACCGUGGCACCAAGACCAUCCAGAUCAUUCGCGACGCCAGCCAGAAGAAGAAGCAUCACACCGUGCACCCAGAGCCAGUCGAUGGACAUUUUGACCUGGUGAGCGGGCUGUUCAUCCCGCCGACGCAGGACCUCGGUUAUCCUUGGAAAUAUGGCUACGUAGUCCACACCAACCAGCGCGGCAUGUACAAGAUGGACCUGCGGGCCAUGAAGUACAUCAAGACCGUCGAUCUGACGCCCUACAACUGUGCCCCAGCAAGCGCCGACUUUGCCUCCCUGGGGGGCUUCGUGAUCCUGGAGUGCCUGGAACCCAUCACUCAGCGGCCCAUGGGCCAGAUCCUGCUCGACUACCUCACCGACACGGUGCUUUCGCACAAGACCAACCUCUUCGGCCGUCCGCGCGUCUCACCCGACUCGCGGCACGUUAUCACGCUGCAGAGUGCCAACAACAGCGUCGUCAUAGUAGCUCAGGAGGUCACCGAGCAAGGUCUACGGUUCCUGUUCGACGUGAAGACAACGUUGCAGAUCAGCGACGCAACUUUCUUCACGUCGCGCACAAGCCACAGCUACGACUUGUACGCCAGCUCGUCCACCAAGGAGGACAUUCUUUUGGUGAACCUGCAGGACGGCAAGGUCGAGGUCAUCACGGGCACGGGCCGCGCGAUCGAUCCACGCGGCGCACGCUGGGGCAACGCCAACCGGCCCAUCAGCAGCGCGGGCGUCUUCGGCACCUACAUGGUCACCACGGCCAGCGAGGCUGUCUUCGUGCUCAACGGCAAGACGCGCACUGUCAACUGCGAGAUCGGCAAUGUCGUCCAUCCGCGAAUGAUGGUUUGGGUGCGCUCGCCCUAAACUCGCCCCUCUUCUCUCCGCCUGUCACGCUGCCCCCGCCUUUUCCCUCGACCAAUUCCAGCCUAUGGCUCUCUCUCUCUCUUCUCUCUCAGUUUCUUUUUCUCUUUCUUUUACGGUUAUUUCAGGCAUGUAUGAGGCAAAGAACAGCGCCGUUGCUUAAAUCGGCAGCGAGAUGUGGCGCGUUUCUGGCCUAGACGAAAAUCUGUGCAUC